ACUCCCAUCAAAUAAUUAAGUCAGUUUUCAAUAAUAUUAUUAUGGAUAUCUAUUAUUCAGACCCACUCGCUGAAUCAUCGUCAUCAUCAAUAUCUGAUACUAAUAACAAUCAGUACUCCCCUAAUAAUAAUUUUUCUGAUGAGGAAGUUAUUAAUUUAGCUUCAAAUAACCCGAAGAAGCCAGCUGGCAGGAAGAAGUUUCGAGAAACUCGACAUCCAGUAUACAGGGGAGUCAGGAUGAGGAAUUCUGGAAAAUGGGUUUGUGAAGUUAGAGAACCAAAUAAGAAAUCAAGGAUUUGGCUUGGUACUUUUCCCACAGUAGAAAUGGCAGCUAGAGCUCAUGACGUGGCAGCUUUAGCAUUAAGAGGCCGUUCUGCUUGCUUGAAUUUCGCUGAUUCGGCUUGGAGGUUGCCUAUUCCGGCUUCCUCUAACUCCAAGGAUAUUCAAAAGGCAGCCGCUGAGGCUGCAGAAAUCUUCCGACCAUUAUCAUCAGAGUCGGAAGAAGUUUCAGGAGAAUGUAGUACUACUCCUGAAACGCUAGAAAACACGUUUUUUAUGAAGGAGGAGAGUAGUUUGUUCAUGGAUGAGGAAGCGCUCUUUUACAUGCCAGGAUUAAUUGCGAAUAUGGCAGAAGGACUCAUGCUACCUCCUCCCCAAUGUUUAGAGAUCGGAGAUCAUUAUGUGGAAUUAGCUGAUGUGCACACUUAUAUGUCUUUAUGGAAUUAUUCUAUAUAA